GUGGAACAGCAGACUGAAGGUCCACAGGAGUCCAGGAGUUACUGCUCCUUACCUUUUUUUUUUCCUUCCCUGACUUAAAGGCGAAACUCCCUGAGUCCGAUCCGGGUGACUUUUCUUUUUUUUUUUUUUUUUUUCAUCCAAAGCACCUCUGCGAGCGGCAGGUUGUUUUUUAUUCCUCUGCGAGGCGUUUCUCUCUAGGUAAAAUCCCCAAAACGGAGCUGAACGAGGACGUCGGACAGCGACCCUCCCUCACUUCUGCAAUCAUGAUGUCGAUGAACAGCAAGCAGCCUUUCAGUAUGCACCCCAUCCUGCACGAACCCAAAUACACGCCCCUGCACUCCAGCUCCGAGGCCAUCCGCAGGGCCUGCCUGCCCACGCCGUCGCUUCAGGGCAACAUCUUCGCCGGCUUCGAUGAGACGCUGCUGCAGAGAGCCGAGGCUCUCGCCGCCGUGGACAUCGUGGCCCAGAAGAGCCACCCGUUCAAGCCAGACGCCACCUACCACACCAUGACCACCAUGACCAGCAUGACCUGCACCCCAACCUCCUCCUCCGCGCACCUGCACCACCCGUCGGUGCUCACCUCACACCACCACCCCGCGCACCACCAGCCGGCGCAGGGACUGGAAGGAGACCUGCUUGACCAUCUCACCCCGGGGAUUUCUCUGGGAGGCAUGCCCGGCUCGGACGUCUGCUCCACGGCCUCGCACACGGCUCACGCCGCGGCCCACAUGUCGGCCAUCAACCACAUGCAGCACCACCACCACCACACCCAGUCCAUGAACAUGCAUCCGCACGCGCUGGGCUCCCACGGCUCCCUGGGGAGCGCUGGCGGGGACGCGGAGCCCGACCCGCGGGAGCUGGAGUCGUUCGCUGAGCGCUUCAAGCAGAGGCGGAUCAAACUGGGCGUCACUCAGGCUGACGUGGGAGCGGCGCUGGCCAACCUCAAGAUCCCCGGGGUCGGCUGCCUGAGCCAGAGCACCAUCUGCAGGUUCGAAUCCCUGACCCUCUCACACAACAACAUGGUGGCCCUGAAGCCCAUCCUGGAGGCCUGGCUGGAGGAGGCGGAGCGGGCGCAGAGGGAGAAGAUGUCCAAGCCAGAGAUCUUCAACGGCGGCGAUAAGAAGAGGAAACGCACGUCCAUCGCCGCGCCGGAGAAGCGCUCCCUGGAGGCGUAUUUCGCCGUGCAGCCGCGGCCGUCGUCGGAGAAGAUCGCCGCGAUCGCCGAGAAGCUGGAUCUGAAAAAGAACGUGGUCCGCGUUUGGUUUUGCAAUCAGAGGCAAAAACAGAAACGGAUGAAGUUUUCUGCGACGCACUGAAGCAGACUGCGACAGACCCGAGGGUCUCUGAGCCGGUUUCCACAGAGACAAACCAGAGACAAGCUGCUGAGGCUGGUCUGCUGGCGCCGCACUGUCAGAAUCAACAAGGUACAAGCACGGUACCUGCGCCUUUUUCCCGCGGGAAGAGGCUCUGCGUGGCGCACAGCCAGGGCCGCAAAGAUGCGCACUCAAAACAAGUUUCACAAUCUCUUAUUGAGUCUUAAAUGACGGCAGUCUGGCUUCGCACAUUCAAAUACAUAAUAUGUUGUUUCAAAAUAUAAGUUUAGUAAAUUUGCUUCUUUCCCAAGAAAGAUACCAGAUAAAAAAUACCGUUUCAGAUCGACUGUCAUAACCCUUGUAUGUAGAAAUGGGGUCCAACUGACCCCACAAACGUAAAACUUGUAUCAUUUGCCUCGGUUCUCUUCGUUUGCCUCAGUCCUCGCACGCACAAGGGUUAAAACAAGUCACAUCAUCUUUUUCCUCAAUUUAAUAUGAUUUUUAUAUAUUUUCAUUCAUAAAUAGAAAGGCAACUGAUGUUAGUUUUAAUUUCAGAGAAAUUAAACUGGCAUCUUUUAUGAAGGAAAAAAACCUACAUUCCUGACAGAAUCUGAAUAAUCGAUACACUGACAAAACUUAACUACUUUAAAUUACUUGGCUAAUUUGGUUAAAAUGAACCAGUUACGCUUCUACAUUUUUACAUUUUGUUGGAUUUAAUUUAAAAAUUAUUUCUGAGGAAAAAUAUUACAAGUUAACCCGCUAAGAGACAUUUGAUUAAGAUACUGAAUGCAUGCCCAUUUUUAAAAUGUGUCAAAAUAAAAUUGUUAAAUUUUGACUUAUUAAAGUCAUUCAGUCCAUCGAGGUUUUAAUCUAAUGCUAAAAAUAAAAUAAUAAUAUUUGGUUUGCAAUAAAGGCAUAUAAUGCCACUGAAAUCACGAAAAACGACUUAUGUCAACACUGUAAAAAUAAAUUUUGUAGAGUAUUAAUUAAUGCCCAUUGAAUUUUAAUUUGAAUGAAAAAAACAUUUUUAUUAAUGGUUAAAUUCUCACAUUAGGUACUUUCUUCUGAUUCUUUUUUUUUUUUAUAAAUUACGUUACUGUUAUUCUCAUUAGUUAAGAAAAGAAAGGCUAAUAUAUUUUUAUGGGUCUUAGUGGGAAUUAAUAUGCACAUCCAAAACUAUCAUAAGAUUUGAGGUUGAGAAAGUUUCAGAGUUUCACCUACAAUUUAAGUUUUCAGACUGAGCUAGUUUAGCAACAGUGCCAGAGCUAAUGUCAACUCGCUAGCUUGCUUACUUUCUUAACCAUGAAGAUAUCAUUGCUAAUGAACGUCCUAUGGACUCUAUCAGAAGAAGACGUGUAAACCUUUCAAUGACAACCACAGCUAAGUUGAUCCAUUCCUUAGCAAUAGCUGCCUCUGGGCUAGCAAGUUCAGGAUGCUAGCAAGUUGGACUUUAGCAUUAACAUUGUCGCCAAACUGGUUGACUGAACUUACAACCUCUUCAGUUAAUGAUGUUAUCCAGUCAUGUAUGUUCUCUAACAAAUACACACUGACAAUAAUGAAUUAUGAAUCUCUAGUGAAGAUUUCAUUAAAUACAAAGGGUUUAAUGAAAAUGAAUUAUAUGGAGUUCUUUGUUUCAAUGAUUGUAUCCCAAGAAUCAACCUUUGCAUCAGUAAUCGCUAUGGUAGGCAAAGUAUAUUUGACUGGUUGUCUUGCAACUAAGUUGUGACAAAGUGCUGCAGCUGUAUACAUUGUAGGGAAAGUACAACAGGAUAUGCUCAGUGCCAUCCCUGUGCCUUUCAUGAUGUCAUAAUAGAUUGUGUAAGCUGGUUUUUGGGAGGGCAGAUUUUAUCUCAAUUAAAUAAGCAAAACUUCAAACAAUAUAGAAAAACAAAUUUAUGAACUGAAAAAACUAUA